AUGGUCUCAACCUGUUCACAAACUGAUCCAGUCAACAUGGUUAUGGACAAAGACGAAAACACCAAUAGCGAUGAAAGUGGGAAAGCAAGUGAAGGUGUGAGCAUUACACAGGCCACAUUGGAAGUUAGCAGAAGUACUAAGAAUUCAGACCUAGAGCAAUCAGAAAAUGAAUCCGACGGUGAAGAAAGUUUUGAUGAAGAAAGUUGUACUGAAGACUAUAGUAUGACAUCAGGAGAGGAAAGUGAAAUGGAAGGAUGUCCUGAAAAAGAUAAGGAGCAGGAUGAACCAAUAAUUCUCACCAGUGAGAAGUCUGUCAAGGACCAAUUAAAAUUUAUAGUUUGUGAAGAGUCUAUUGCAACAACUUUUAGUGUGUGCCUUAAAUGUGGAAGCCGCUGCUCUGUGUUGGUCACAAGUAUAAUUGGAAGCUACUGCAAGAUCUUAAUCUCAUGUUCAUCUUCAGUACAGCAUAAUAUAUCAUGGUCAACAGGACCCCUUAUGAAUAGAUUACCUGCCUUUAACAUACUUAUGGCAGCUAGUAUCCUAAGCACUGGUAUGGAAUCUAACAAAACAAUGAGAUUUAUGGAAUCAUUGAACAUUUUGUGCUUCAAGAGGCGACAGUUGUCAAACAUCCAAAGUGCAUAUGUUAUCCUAGCUGUAAUAAGUGUUUGGAAAAUAGAACAGCAUAAAUUAUUGGAUGAUUUAAAGGAAAAUCAAUUGAGAUAGCAUCAGACAUGCGAGUGGAUAGCCCAGGACAUUGUGGACUACUUGGUGCUGGAAGUACACUUGAUGUCAACAGAAAUGUCAUUCUGGACACUCAAAUAAUCAAAGUAAUUUGAUGAGUUAUAAGUAAUGAAAUGCUACCUACAUAUACUAACAUGUUAACAAAAACCUAACAAAAUGUGCCAUUAUAUUUAUAGAGCACAGAAGUUAAGAAUUCAAAUGGAAUGGAAAUGGAAUCCCUUAAAAGACAACUUGCUCACCUUGAAGAGUCUAAUGUGGAAGUCAAAACGCUUGUCACAGAUAGACAUACACAAGUAUCAGCCUACAUGGCUCAAGAAAGACCAAAUAUCAAACAUACUUAUGAUGUCUGGCAUUUAGCAAAAGGUAGAUGCUCAUAUACUGGUACAUAAAUAUUUCCAAUAGUUAGGGACACUGUCAUACGAGAGUUGCAUAUACCGGCCAUGGUCAAAAAUUUUCCUAUUAUGUCAUUUUUUAACUCACAUUGCUUUUAGGGCCCCUUUUCGUGUGGCACAUUUUUGCUCUUAUUUACAGCAGCCCUGCUUUUACCUUAGUAACUGUUUCAUGUCUGCAUCUAUAGGCAAGAAGAAAAGGUUGCUGAAAAUUGCAAAAACCAAGAAAUUUCAAGCUAUAAAGCCUUGGAUUGGGGUACAGCUAUUAAAUUUAGAUACUCAUUAGUCUUGUAGUGUUUGCUAAAUUUGGGUAAGUGAUUGGCUGAAAUUAAAUUUUACUUCUUUUUGUCUAGUCUAUCAUAAAUCACAUUUACUGGGUGGCCAGUUCAAGCAAACAUGAAGACGAAAAGGAGGAAAAGUGGUUGAGCCUUUUGAAUCAUAUUGUCAAUGUGCAUAUUCAUAAAGAUUUUGAACUUUUUAGGGUAUGCACCCAUGAAGUAUUGGAUAGAGAAUGGCUAAAACCAGGUAUGAGAGCCAUGCAUAGACAGAUUUUCAGAUUUUGCUGUGAAGGCAUGCCACAAAUUCAGGGGGGGACUGAGCCAGAGGGAGCAUAGAGCCUGCAAACAUUUCCUCUCAUUCAUACAACUCAAAAAAUUAAAUUUUGAUUUCCAACUAGGUUCUGCAGCGUACAAGAAACUGGAAGAAAAUUUAACCCGACCCAGACUAAUAACGGCAAUUCGGAAGUUAUCAGAUUACCACCAAACAUCAUCGCUGGAAGCAAAACAUGCACUGGAUAACCAAUUUGCUACUAAAAAGAUAUACUACCCAUAUCAUUCUUUGAUGGCCAGGUUUAUAUAUUACCAAUUUGUGUGUUCUCUGUAAAUAAAUCAUGAGUGGUUAACCAUCUAUUACUUUUAGGUUAUUUUGCUCAAAUAUGCAUUUUAAUGAAAACUCACAAAGGAAACAAGCCAAAACAAAAGAGGGAGAAGACCGGUGGGUUGUCAUUUACCCAAAGGCGCACAAAGGGGAAAAAUCUAUUGCAAGAAAAAUAAAAGAGGAAGCAACAUACAGUAAGUUUAACAGCAAAUACAGUAGUAUUAGCCAAUUCAUCCAACCUAUAUGCAUCUAUUUUACAUAUAAUUAUCUUUGAGUGUAUCAUGUUCUAUCAGGACAUGGUAGUACAGUUCUAACAGUAGAUAUAGGUUGUUGGAGAUAA